ACCAUUCCAAAGCUGGCCCUUGUAUACAUGUGACAUGGUCUUGAGCAAGGCAAGCAAAGUGACCCUGGCCAUGCAGGGCGCAUGGCCAGGGACGCAGCUCCACCCACAUGACAUGACUAUAGCCUUAGGAGCGUCUUUUGGUCCACCUUAAAGGAAGUCACACCGGUCAGUGAGAUUCUCCAUCCCUCCGACCCUCGGCAGAUGGCCCGAGUGGACGUUGAUCCGGGCGGAGGUUUACCUCUCUAUGCUUCGGGUACUAGGAAGUUCCCAGUCAGCUCAUGCUCAUGGCCUUUCACAACAGCUCCCCUCGAAAUCUGAUGCGCCUUGACCCCCAAAGGUUCAUUCCAGCCGAGUGUGCCGCAACAAGGCCGGCGAGGCUGGGGCCCCCUUAAACUUUGACGUACUCCACCCACCAGUCCGGCUUUGUCAUCAACCCCAAUGAAGUGGGACAUGAUCUACCGCUUUCGACUACACCACUGCUGCUUGUACCAGUCGUCCCCUAUGGAGCUUCAAGGGCAGAUUAUAAAUCAACUACUACUACAGCACACAGUAUCUUUCUACUUCGGUCUACCCAUUGCAGCAGCAGCGUACACAAGGACUUUCCCUCUGAACCCCUAUCCCAUCUACAGGUGACACGUCUUGUUGCUGCCCGCCAUCCAUAGCAACAGCCCUCUCUCUCCGUAUCAUGGCGCACAGAAUCUUAAUCACCGGCGGAUCCGGAUACCUAGGCGGCUCCCUGCUAGCACGGUGGCCGUCGAGCGCCGACAGCAACUUCCCAGCAUACGACAAAGUAUACGCUCUCGUCCGGACAGACGAGCAAGCCAAUGCUAUCAAACAAAACUACCGCUCCAAGUCUAUUGAGCCGAUCCAGUUCAACCCUAAAAGCGAAGACGCGGUCCGGGAAGCCAUUGUCAGCCACCGGAUUACGAUCGUGUAUUUUCUCAUCGAUGCGUUAUCGGGUGAGAUGCAGGGCCAUUUCAUCAAGGCCCUGGCUGAGGUGAAGAAGCAGACGGGGCUGGAAGUGCAUUUCUUACAUACCACCGGAGCAAAGAUCUUCUCCAGCCACGCCGGCGCACCUACCGACAGACCGCUUCUGGACACCGACCCUAAUCUGUACGACAUCCAAAAGGCGCAGAAGCCAAUUGUGCCGAUUUUGAGACCGGCAAUCGACGCCAACAACACGGUCAUCGAACAAGGCGAACGCUACGGUGUGCGAACAUAUAUUUUUACCCCUUGCAUAGUGUACGGCAAAGGCGAAGGGUUCGGGAACAAAUUAUCCAUUCAGACAGUGGCCAUUAUCAAGGCUGGAAUCAGUGCGCGGCGCGUCUACAGCGUCGAUGAGGGCCGACCGACAUGGCCAGUCUGCCACAUCGAAGACAACACGGCAUUGUAUCUCGAUCUCCUACGGGCGAUCUUGACAGGCAGAGACGACAAUACUCUUCCCGGAAGUGGCAAGCACGGGUACUACCUCGCCGCAUCCGGCAGUGUUGCCUGGAUGGACGUCUAUGCCGCAAUUGCUACCAGUCUGGCGAAGCGUGGCCUGGUGGAUGAUGUGGCGGUCGAACGUGCCGAUGAUGAGGCGCUGGAAAAAAUGGGUGCCGCUAUAGGACAUCCAAAGGACCUUGUGCCUUUGUCUGUGGGAGGAUUGUGUACCUUCACUGCGAAACAUGGUGAGCAGAUUGGUUGGAAACCGCGGUAUCCGCCUCACCAUAUUCUCGAGGCGGCUGAUGACGAGGUGGAGCUGGUGCUUUCGAAUCAGAAAUGAUGAAUGGAUGGUAUUAGAACAACCGGAAUGGAGAUUUCUGUCGUAGAAUGAAUGUACCAUGUUCUCUUGGUCUUGUUGUUCUUUCGAUCUACAACGGGUGCACACUCCGGCGCAACGGACUGGAAUCAAACAUUUGUAAAGGGGAAGAAGUCGUGCAAGUGCGUAUUUCGGGUAUAUAUGGUUGGGACAGUAUCAUGCUUCGAUUGCGUCGUUUGACAUUCUAUUCAAGUUGACGAAGCUGAGGAGUCAAAACUAUGCACUACCAGCUUACAGUGUACCACUGUAGACAUGCAGCGGAGGACAAGGAGGAGAAUUAUAGGCAUCUUCCGCUAAGUGGUACCAGAUGCCAUGAUACUAGUAACGG